AUGACCGGACUCGACGAGUCCGUGACGCUGAAGGAGCUGAAAGAGGCGAUAGCCAGAGAGGGAGGAUGCGCGGAGCGCGAAAUCUCUUUGGGGGAAGAGCACCUAAGUCCAGGAGGGAUGAGGGGGAUCCUCGUACGGUGUCCCACAUGGGCCGCGAGGAAGUUGGCGGAAAAAGGGAAGCUCAAGAUCUGCAAAUCCAAUUUCAAAGAAGAGGAGGUUUGUAGUGGCAAAACGUUACUCUUUCGGUCCGUCGGCAAGGCUGACCAGAUGCCAUCUCGCCCGAGGGAUGGAACGGAGAAGAGUCUGCAGGACAUAGUUACUCUGCUGAAAAAAUUGGAUUGGACCACGUCGAUAUCAACAGCCCCGAUCGAACCGAAUAACCUGCUGCGUCCAGUGAUUCCUAUGACGCUGCUGUAUGUGUUCCGCUUACAUUACACCAUGAAGGCGGAGGAGAUCGCAGAAUAUUUGCGUACGAAGACCAAUCUCACCCUGAGAGUCGCGCGGUUAGAGUCUCGCCAAGACAGGGAGUUCAUAGCAUUAAAUUCCAACAAGGAAAUGGAUGCCCUUCUCAUCGUGGGUGCGGUGCCGUCGGAGUCAUGCACGAGGACCAGGCGAGGCCUUAUUUGCGAAGGCAGCGGAUAUUCAGGAUGUAUCAACACCCGGCAAACCUGGGCCAGUCCGGAUGAUUGA